AUGGCGCAUCACCCUGCACAUAAUACGCAGCUACAUCAUCACAAUCAUUCGUCAUCAAUAAGAAUCAGCUGGUUUGUGAAACUCAAAAUUGAUUGCCUUCGGAAACCGAUUGGCGGCGGCUCUUCGGCAAGGUCCUGCUCGUCCUCGUCGUCGUCGGACGAAGACCUCAAUGAACGACCACCACCACCGCAGCGGAGGAAGUUCUCGUGCCAGACUACGCAAGACUUGCCGUCAGCCGACGGUAUCGGAAUUGUCGUCGUUGUGGUAGAGAGUCAGCCGGACCAGCCGGAGCAGCAGGUGCAGCAACGCGAAACAGUCGGAAGGAGUUUCGCGGUGGCAGAACCGGAGCAACAGCAGCAGCAGCAGCAACGGCAACUAGCAGCGGCAGGUGAAGUCGAACACGUAAGGGAGGAGGAGCAGCAGCCGGUCGAGGAGCAGCACCCCCAGCGACGCCUGGCUGUGGCCGAACGGGAGAAGGAGGAACGGGAGGGCGACGAUAGUCGUCCUGCUGCUGCCACCACUACCGCCGCUAGUCGUCGAAGGUCGCGGGUAGUGAUAGUGCCAAGUGGAGGAGGCGGAAGUGGAGGCAGAAGCGAAGGUGGUGGAGGUGAAGAAGGUGGUAUCGGUGACGGAACUGUUGGUGUUGUUAGUGGUGGUGGUAGUGGUAGCGUCGCGCUAGCAGGAUUACCCACCGCCGAGUCAGCGGAACGAAUUUGCACGAAACGCCGUAGUACGAGAACGGCCACACAGCGGCACAGUAGCGUGGUGGCCCCCGUGGCCGUAAGUGAACCCCAUUCAGGGCUAGUGGUACAGCACCAGCUCGGCGACGCGUCCAGUCCGUGCCGUCUUAGAUCGUCGUCCUCCACGUCGUCGAUACAGUCGCUGCGUCAGCAAGCGUCGGUCGGUACGAGCGACGGGCAUUCACUUCAUCAUCAUCAUCAACAUAAUCGUUCCGCACGCGCGUUAGACACAUCCGCUAGCAACAAAGACUCGGUGCAGCAUCGGGAAGACGACGCAAUCGAGCGCAGAGCGGUAGCGGACGAACCCGGUGCACGAGCAGCAGCAGCGUAG